UCGACUGUGGUCGAUAUGUCAAGCUAUACUAAUUGGCAAAUCGCCCAAGAAACUCAACUCUUAGCUGAAGAGAGAUGGAUUAUUAAAGCUCUACAGUUAGUUAAAAAGGAAAGAAACUCUCUCCAGAUUGAAAGAUUGAGUUUAGAAAGCAUAAAAAUGCAGCGAACUCAAGGGUCACAAAAGACUAAUAAAUCCACCACAAAUGAGCCUUCCACAUCAUUAAUUGACAUAAUGAAAAAUGUAAAAAAAACAAACAGUGGGGAUAUGAUUGUAUAUGAGGAAACCAUGACAACUCCUUGUAAUGAAGAAGAACUUAAUUUGACUUGCACAAAUUCAAUAUUUGGGCCAAUGUCUGAAGAAGAGGAUAUGGAAGAAGAGGAAGACCUUGAUUUCUUGAUGGAAAAUAUGAAUACAAUAAUAAAUACUGAAUCGGACAAACCAGAUCAAUAUAGAAAUAAUUAAUAAUUUAACUAUUAAUAUAGAAAUAUGAGUAAUAAAGUCCUGAAGCAGGAAUAAUAAACAGUGUGUAACAACUUGUAUACAUAUAAGCCUAAAGAAAUUUAUACAAUAUAGGUGCGCUAUAUAAUGGAAAAUUAGAAUAAAGAAAUAAAACACCAAGUUCAAAUAUCAAAA